GAAAACAGACUAUCACACUCUCUCAAACGGACAUACACACAUUGUGCUAUCAUUUUCUUGAAAAAAAAAAUCAUUCUCAACUCACAAUAGAAAUAAUGAUCAAAAAAAGUGUAAAACAAAGUGAAUCCAACGAAAUUUUCGAAUGAUUUCAUGUGAAAAGCAACACUUCAAGUCGCUUUUGCAUUGGAUAUAAAAAAAAAUCUAGUCAGUGAAAAAACAGGACACUUGAAAGUUUUGAAAAGAAAAGACUUUUGCAUAAGAAAAUUGUGUUGAAUGAGCCAAUUCUAGUUGAAAAAUUGACAAAGUGACACACAAAUACACCAGAGCUAUUCAGUACAAACAGAAAAACCUUAUUUCAAAGAACAUAUGCCGCUGGGCACACUAAUCGUUGACAAAUGUACGAGCGGAACAAAAUUCGAUCGACAGUCGGUCGGUGAAAUUCUUGGAAGUGUAUCAUUGUUGGGGAAAAUUAAAUUCACGCAGAGUAAAAUUUGCUUAACGAAAUAAAUUUGAAACGCUUUGAAGAGUUGAACGAAAGACAGGGUCUUCGUACAGUAAUUGCACACCGAGUAAUUGAAAUCAUAUUAAAAUGGGAAAUUAUUGUAGUUCUGGACAAAAUAAAAAGGAUAAAGAUAAUCUUUCUCAAAAAUCCGAAGAUUCACCAACUUAUCAAAAACAAGGGAGUAAAAAUAAGAAAAAUAAGGAAAAAACUUAUUUAAAAGAAGCGCCGUUAGUCGAUCCAGAGCCGACAUCGGAUAUAUCAAACUUCAAUGCACCACCAAACGCACAAAAUACAAACAAUGGAAUUAAUAUCACCAGUGACGUAACAAAACCAACAGCGAAAGCAUUUCAAAACACACUGUCAACAUAUGAUUCAACAUCAGGCAGCCCAUUGACAACCGAUGCACCAUGUGAGCUGCCCGCUGAGUCGAAAACUCAAAAUUUACCAAGCAAUUUGAUAUCAAUUUAUGGUAAAACGUCGUUAAGUAGCCGUCGAACGGAAAAUGAUUGCAAAAUUGUUUUGUACGCGUUGGCAGCAACUGAGCAUAAAGGCGAGAAAAACGUAUUGAAAAGUCUGUAUGCUGAACUUCAACGAUAUUGUGCAUCGCGUGGCUUUGAAUUGCAAUUAUGUGAUUUGCACGAAGAGUCAGAGAACUUUUUGGAUCCAACAUGUUGGGUGAAUGAACCACUUGAAGCCAGAGGUGGCCAUCAUUUGGCUGCCGAAUGUCUGUCAGAAAUAACAAGAUACUCAAACACAGCGUAUAUUAUUCCCGUUCUAUUUUUGGGCACAUCAUUGGGCAGCCCGCUAUUGCCAUUGACAAUUGAAAGUCAAGAUUUUGCCGGUGCAAUCAGCACAACAGCUGAAGGAUCGGAUGAACGGAAAUUGCUCGAAACAUGGUACAUACUGGAUGAUAAAGCCGAACCAAUGUGUUAUCGAUUAAAAACUCAAAAUGUCACUGCCAACAAUGAUACAACCACUGAAUUACAAAAUCUCUAUAAAAUAAUCACGGACAUUUUCUCCAAAGAGCUACGAGACUCAUAUUUGACGACAGUUAUUGAACAAGAAAUCAAUAAUAUGGUGUUCAUCAAUCAAGAGCUAUCGAAACGAUGCAUUUGGAUUCAUACAGGAGCAUUGCCAAAUAAAAAUCUUGACGAAACAUCCAGCGAAUCAUCGAUUGCCGUUGAAAUGAAUCGUCGACUUAAUAAUAUUCAAUUAGAAUUAAAGAAUCAAUUAAAUGAUAAGAAUUUAAUUCGAAUACCGCCAACUGUACAAAUAUCCAAUGACCAAUUGGCCACUUCAUUGAAAUCAUUAAUCGUUGCCAAUAUUGAUAAUAUAAUCAGCGAUCAUUAUGCCAAAUUUCAAAUUCCAUAUUGUACAUAUGGCGUCGAUCGAAAUCUUUUGGCCGAAAUCGAAGCAGUUAAACAGCAUUCACAAUAUCUCAGCCGAAAUUGCGCCAAUUUUGAAAUUAUGGAUAAAAUAAAGCAAUACAUCACAACAUCAUCAUCAUCCGAACCACUUAUCAUAUACGGGCCAGUUGGUUGUGGCAAAAGUGUGCUAUCAGCAAAAGUCGAGCAUUAUAUUCACACUUGGUCACCGGAAUGCUGUUUCAUUCUACGUUAUGCCGGCUUGACAGCAAUAUCUUCAAGCGUUAAAUCACUUGUUGGCUCAGUCACCGAACAGAUUUACUACUACACAAACGUUCAACCAUACAAUGGACCACAUACAUUGGAAGCUUAUGCAACAACAUUGAUAGAGUGCAUCGAUGCAAGUAAAUAUCAAGUUGUUAUUUUGAUUGAUUCACUGGAUGAAGCAUUAGAAUUGGACGAUUUGAACUGGUUGCCAACCAAAUUGAAUGACAAAGUGAAAGUGAUAAUAACGACGGCGACGAGCAGUAAAAAAGUUGAUAGCGUUGACAAAUGUGAAAGCAGCGAUGCGAUUUUAUGGCAUCUUAAGGAUCGCAUUUCGAAAUUGAACUUCGUCCAUUUGAACCAAUUCUCAGACCAAAAAUGGAACGAAGUGUUAAGUACGAGCUAUGGUGGGGGCGAUUUCUUCUCCGUCAAUCCACAACUACAGUUGCCAGACGCGUGGAAGCAAUGCAUGGAGAAAAUACCAUUACAAGCCAAAUUAUUUUGGUGGUUCGCUUGGUUGGGUGAAUUUAAUUUGAACGACACAUCGUUGACAGCCACAUCAAAUAAAAUGUUCCAAAUGUUGGAAUGUAAAUUUGGUGAAGCAAUAAUCAAAUAUGUGGUGUCAUUGUUGAUUGCAUCGCGUGACGGUUUACACGAAACGGAAAUCAUUGAAUUGUUAAAACAAUCAAAACUUGUUGAUGAUCCAAAUGUGGAAAGAUUGUGGACAAAUAUAAGUUGGAUAAUGAGCCGUGGGCCAAUUUUACUUCAAAUCAAUCGUGUUCGAUUCAUGGAUAACAAAUUAAAAAAAGUUGCAUGCACACGGUAUGCCAAUGAUAUUCAAAGCGCCCACACCAUUUUGUAUCAAUUUUAUAAAUCACAACCCAAUGAAUAUAUCGAUACAAAAGGAAAAUAUCAAUGGUUUAAUCAGCAGAAAUUCAAUGAAUUGCCUUAUCAUGCAUUUAUUGUUGAUGCAUCAUCCUAUCCACAAUCGCUCUAUCUCACCGAUUUGAAUUGGAUUCAAACGAAAUUAAAAGCCACCAAAUGUGUUCAAUGCAUUCUAAAUGACAUUUAUUUGAUCGAACCUUCCUCACGUACAAAACUCAAGCAUUUAGAUAUUAUGCAACAUUUUCUAGAAACAUACAUUCAACCGAUUAACUAUGACGCUGACCAAUUUUAUCCAUUAUUCAAACAUUAUCUUACGACUUGUGCAAUAAGUGACAACACCAUCGAGGCGGAUGCCAUUUGCAAGAAAUGGAUUCAAGAUUUUGACGCGAUAUCCAUUUCAUUUUUGGACAUUCUAAAUAAUCCGAUCGAUGGAACUGGCGAUGAGGACACCAACGUUGGAUACGAUUUGAUCUGCAAUUUAGGUGGAAAUGGCUACUUUGUGGCAUCAUUGAAUACGCAAAGCGAAGAGAUUCGCGUGUGGGAUGUGCCAAGAUCGAAACAAGUGCGAAUUUUGAAAGGAAUUCCUCAACCCACUGCAUUGUGUCCGGUUGCUAAUCAUGGCGCGGCUGUUUUGUGUCGUCGCGAAAUCAAAGUUAUUGACUUGAACAAAGGCGAACUUCGGGUCACACUUAAAGGCGUCAUGAAUCAAAAAAUGCCGUACUUUGCGUACUGCAACGAUGCUCAACACCUGGUUUGUUUAUCGCGCAAUCGGAUGUACGUGAAUUUGAUGAAUUUAGAAUCGGGCGAUUGUAUCACAACAUUCAAAGCAGGAGAAGAUCGAUUCUUGAACUCUUUACUUGUUUCGGGCGAUGGAAGAAUUCUCGUUUGUGGCGAUGAAACCCAAAAACCGUUCCCAUUAUUGGUGUGGCAUUUAUCUCAGCGUAAAUUAUUGUAUGAUUUACGUAUACCUCAUCACGAUUUUAUAACAUCGCUUAGUGCAAUAACACAUGAGGGAGCGUAUGUGUCCGUUGUUACAAAGGAAUUAAAUGAAGCGGCACCGAAUUUUAUUGUUGUUUAUGAUUUACAAAGUGGAACUUUGUUUAAAAAAUGGAAACCGUCAUGCAAUACCGUCUCAUUAUCAAUUUCUCAAACGAAUGCGUGUGUCAUUGCCGGUUUAGAAGAUGCGCGCAUAUUAAUUUGGGAUUUAGUCACUGGUAACUGUAAAUAUGUUCUUGUUGGUCAUACAGCACCAGUGACGCUCUUAAAAUUGGAUCCAACUGGAUCCAUCUUAUUAUCAGCGGAUAAAAGUGGCCGUGAUCGAUCCGUUCGGUUGUGGGAAUUAAGUACAGGUAAAUCAAUCGCCGUUCAUACGCCGCCGAAGAAAAUAACCACAUGUGAAAUCUUGCCAUUGGGCAAGUAUAUCGUAUUAGCAUUAGAAAAUGAACCAAAUCUAGUCACAUUGGAACUUAAGAAUUGCAAAAUUAAUCAAAUUUCAAAUAAUAUCGGUGCUGACGACAACAAUGAUGGAGAUGAAAUAUAUGGAGAUGCUGAAUUUAAUGGCAAAACAUUUCAACUGUGAAAAACUCAUGUAAAUUAAUUGAAAAAUCGUUUAAAAAAAUAUUGCACCAAAAUUGAAUGAGACUACCAAUUUACCAUCUACUGAUUAUAAGGAAAAAGAGAUAGACAUGGAUAGACAAGUCCAUUUGGACGAUGAUAAUUUUAGAAUGAGAAUUUCAAAAUCGAUGAUUUUAACAUUAUAUUACAUUUCGUAACGUUAUUAUUGGAACGAUUUAGGUGUAGUUCGCAUCCGUUUGAAUUUAAUGAAAGAAUUAUGUGAUUACGUAGUCAAUGUUAAAAACAAAUCUAGAAAACACUUCAGGUUGAACGUUGCAUUGAUUUUCGUUAAAUAUCUCUUGAGAAACAUUCAAGUGAAUCACAAAAAGUUAGUUCCAGAAACUAAAAAGAAACAAAAACAAAGUCGCGAUUGACAUCAGAGGACGCUCCAAAAUCAUAUUCAAAACUUAAAUACAGAAAGCAUCAGAUAAAGAAGUACACAUGCCAAUGCUCGGAUUAAAUUUGUAUAGUCCUCAGAGAAAAAAGAAAACAGGACAUUAGAUAAUUAUUAUGAAAAAUAAAAAAACUAUUGCCCGACACAAUAAUGAUAUAUGAAAUCGCAAAUCUAAAUAUAUAAAAAAAAUACAUAUUAGUCAACAAUUCGUUAGACGAUAUUAUUUAUGUUGUUAUGUUGAUAAAUACCAAAAACAAUUGUCGAUUGAUUGAAAUCGAAUUAUGAAAUGAUCACAAAAAAAUACUUUAAACAACUCUAAUCUUCGAUAUUAUAUAAAUUUGAUUUAUUUAUUUUUUUCAUCAUUUUCUCUAUAAUUCUUUGAUGCACAGACACACUGAUGAGCAUGAGACAGUUAUAGAUAUGAAAACCGUUUCAAGAAGAAACAUUGGCAAUGUGUGCUCACCAUUGUUGCAUUCUUUCAUUAUUAUUGUAUUGAAAAGCAAUAUUGGUAAAUUAGAGUGUGAGAUCAAUAUAUGUUCAGCAAAAAUGUAGCAGGUAAUGUGUGUGUGAGAGAGAAAAAUACAAAAAAUCACAGUUACUGAUGAAAAAAGACCAUAACAAUGCCAUAAAUUACAAAAAAGUGUAUUUUAAAUAUUAUUUUUUUAAAUCUUAAAUUUGUUGCCGCUUUACUUUUCUGGCGCAAUCCUGCAUAAAUUUAAAGAUGGCUCUUGCAAAAAUUGGCAGCCACUCAUAUAUAUAUACAAAGAGCUCAAAGUGCCUUUGGGCACGCAUACACAUACACACAAAACUAUAGCGUAUUUGCGUAUUACAUAAAGUAUUUGUUAAUAUUGUUCAGUUAAGUUGAUUUUUCAUUCAGAGAAAAAAAAAUGAAAGUUUCAUGUUAAAAAGAAAUCUUCUUAAAUUGAGUCUUGGGCUGGCCUCCAAGAAUACAGGACAUGCCAUCAUUAAAAAUGGCAAACAAACUAAAGGCAUCGUAUAUGAUAUAAACAAAAACCAAUCAAAGUCAUGAACAUACGAGAUCAAAACAGACGAAUUUCAUUCACAACAAAUAUGUUUUAUUGCAACUUCAAUAUUCAAAUAAUGUAUGUUUUAGCCGAUUUUUUCGUGACAAAAUAUUCUGCGCUUUUAUCCCCAGUCAAUUCAAUCGAAGCGACUAAUUGCCGUAAUAUGAUACAUCAACAAAACAAAAUCUCUAUUUAAGAAAAUUAAAUAAAUUACGAAAAAAAAUAUAUAAUAAAACGGAACACAGUUACAAUAAUGAAAUCUAUUUGCACAAUUUUUCGAUUCAUAUACAUAAAUUUAAACAAACCAUGAAAAAAAAUAAAGAUUUAUUGUACAAAAUGAAACAUCUAUUUACAAUUGAAUUUGGAAUAUGUCAGGCCAAUUCUUUGGAAAUUCAAAAAGUCACCAUUUUGUGUAAUCUCAAAAAAAAAAAAA